AUGGCUGAUGCAAAAAACGUUAAUGAAGAUGAUGACACGGCUCAUCAAGAAGCAUUUAACAAAAGGGUCACGGAGGUGGCGGAAGGGGUUAUGCAAGCUAAUCUUCCACGAUUAGCUCAAGAAGUAGAAAGUCGAGUUUUGGGAUUCGUGGAUGCUAUGAUGACUAGCAAGAUCGAGGAAUUGAAGGAAUUGAUUGAAGGGUCUAAAAGUAAAAGCAAGGAACGACGAUGCACGUAUAAAGAUUUCAUGGCGUGCAAUCCUGCAACGUACGAUGGUAAAAUCGACCCGAUUGCAUGCCAAAGAUGGAUUUCAAACAUAGAAGCGGUAUUCAUACGAAGUCGGUGUGAUAAGGAAGAUCAGGUGAUGUUCGCUACUGGCCAACUCACUUUCCAGGCGAAAGAUUGGUGGGAUGCGCAUAGCAAGGAAAUAGGCGAAGAAAGACUACAAAUGAUGACUUGGCAAGAAUUUAAGGAGCCCUUCAUGAGAUACCACUGUCCUCAAACAGCCAUCGAUAAGAUCCAAGAGGAUUUCUUACGCCUCCGACAGAAAAACGAGACGAUAAAUGAGAUAUCGAACAUUUUCUUGGAUAAGAUGAAGUUUUGUGGAGAAUUUGUGCAAACUGAAAGAAUGAAGAUCAAUCGUUUUUAUGGCAUAUUGAAGGCAGAAUUUAGGGAGUUCAUCACUCCCUCGAAAUGUGAGACCCUUGAUGAGCUCAUCAAUCUAGCGCGGGAUAGAGAAAUUGAAAUCAAGAGGCAAGAAGAACGUGGUGAAAAGAGAUCAAAUGAAAAGGGUGCAAGUUCGAAUCCAUCUUAA